AUGUUAAAUUUUAAAAGAUCAAUUGAUAACAUGAACAAAAGAAAAAAUUUUAAUUUACCAGCUGGUGACGUUAAUAUGAACAUCUAUGAGACAACAGUUACUUUUAUGAGUGAUUCAAACAAAAGUGUUUCAAUCAAAUCUAUUUACCAGGAUUCUUUGAGUAGUGGUUCUUCAAUUGGGACAGUUGUUGCUGUUCAUGGAUGUCCUGGAUCACAUAAAGAUUUUAAAUAUAUUGAACCAUUACUUACUAAAAUUGGUAUCCGUUUAAUUGCAUUAAAUUUCCCAGGUUUUGGAUUAACAGAAUCUAAUGAUUAUUUAAGACAUACAAAUACAGAACGUGUAAAUUUUGUUGAAGCAAUGCUUAGAAUUCUUAAUUUAAAAGAAAAAAUUAUUUUCUUAGGACAUUCAAGAGGUUCUGAAAAUGCCCUUAAAAUGGCAGCACUUUUUAAAGAAUAUGCAUUAGGAGCAAUACUAGUAAAUCCUGUUGGAAUUAAAAUGCAUCGUGGAAUGAAACCAGCAUUCUUUAUUUCAAUUGGUGCUGCUUUAUGGAAGAUGAGUAAAGGAAUGCAAUAUAUAAUAUCUCCAAUUGUAAAAACAUUAUAUAAAAAUAUUGGUAUGAGGAUAAAUAGUAGUCAAGAAGCUGGUACAUCACUUAUUACAAUUGAUAAUACUGAUUGUGAAGGACAAUUAAAAUAUAUUGAUAUUGUUAAUGAUUCUAAUAUUAUUAUCAUAAAUGCUUUUGGUGGUAAAGAUCAAUUAAUUGAAUAUCCUGUUAGUAAAGAUUUUGGUGAAAGAUUUAAAGGAAAUAUUUUUAUUGUAGAAAAUUCAAAUAAUAAAAUUAAAGAUGAUAAUGAUAUGGUUAAUUCAAUUGUUAACAAAUUAAAUGAAGGAUAUACAAAAUUUUCAGCAGUCUUUCCAGAGGAUGGUCAUUAUGUUCAAAAAUAUAAAGCUGUUUUUAUUGCAAACACUAUAUCAGCUAUAUUUAGGAGAUAA